UUCUUUUUUAAAAUUUCUUUUAAAUCCUAAACAAAAGAAAUUAUAUCAUAUUUUUGAUAUUUGUCACCAUCUUAAAAAUUUAUCGACACAUGUCGCAAUCAUGUUAAUUUGCAGCUUUAAAAAACCAAAUUUUAUAUAAUAAGAUGAAUAAAAAGUGUGCGUGUUUUCUUUUCUAUUCUGGCAAAUUUCCUAAUUUAAAAUUCUGGAUAUGCAUUAGAUAUUUUAAUAACACAUGUUAUUUAAUAAUUUUUUUUUUCAUCAAACCGUUUUAUAUUUAAAAUAUUUAAAACUAAAGUACUAAAUAUUAAUAUUAAUUUGUUUAGAAUCCACUAUUGGAAAAAUUCCAUCAAGAUUUACGAAACAACAAGCAAUAGAGAUAGCAAAGCCGCCGUUAUAUAAAUCGGCGACACAUAAAAAUAUCGUACCCUAGUUUGCAACUUCAGAAAAAAAAUGACAACGAUGUCCGAUCUUCCACAAGAUUUGACAAAAGAGAUAUUCUCUAGGGUUCCAUUGACAUCCCUAAGCGCUGUGCGAUCCACUUGCAAAAGUUGGAACUCUAUCUCUAAGUCUCAGGUUUUGUGCGAAUCAGCCGCAAGAAGGAAGCAGUUUCUAGGGUUCAUGAUGAAGGAUUUUAGUGUUUGCUCGAUGAAGUUUGAUCUCCAAGGAAUCCAAAACGAAGCAGACUUUGUUGACCCAUCUAUAAAGCAAGUAAGUGUACUUGACCAAGUAGAGAUAUCUCAAAUCUUUCAGUGUGAAGGCUUACUUCUAUGCGUCACCAGAGACAAGUCAAGGCUCUUGAUGUGGAAUCCUUAUUUGGGGCAAACAAGGUGUAUUCAACCAAGAAACACUUUCCUAAGUGGAGACCAAUAUGCUCUUGGAUAUGACAAGAACCGUAAACACAAAAUCUUGAGGAUUUUAGGUGACUGUAAAAGCGGUUACAUGGUUCUUGGGUAUGAAAUCUUCGAUUUGAGCGCUAAUACAUGGAAGGUUUCUAAUGACAAUCGAGACUGGCAAAUAGAUCAUUAUCAACGUGGUGUGUCUUUGAAGGGACAUACUUAUUUUUUGGCUAAAGAGAAAAUAAGAAUAGGUGGAACAAACAAUAAUAUAGAUUGUAUACUCUCUUUUGAUUUUACAACAGAGAGAUUUCGUAAACUGCUGCCUCUGCCGUUUAAAUCUCAUUAUUCAAAUAAAUUGCUCUUAUCUUGUGUCAGAGAAGAGCAGCUCGCUGUAUUACAUUACAACUGGGUGAUGGGUCAAGCGUUGGAGAUUUGGGUCACGAAAAAAAUUGAUCCUGGUGAGGUUUCAUGGAGCAAGUUCUUGAGAUUCACCUCUAGCUGUAUUGGUCAUAUUAUACCUGGGAGUUUCUUCGUUGAUGAAGAAAAGAAAGUUGUUGUGGUUGUCGAUCAAGAUUACAACAGACGGAUCGUGACUGGUCGCAACCAAAGUGCCCACAUACUUGGACCAGAUAGAUACUUCAAAUCUGUGAAUAUCGGAGAGACUCGGUAUAUUGGAAAACGUAGCAAGCAUGGAUAUAUGAUCUCUGAAUUAUGUCGCCCACGUGUAUGCUCUUCUUAUGUUCCAAGCUCAGUGCAACUACAAACCAAUCAACCGGUAAAAUCAGAAGAAAGUGAAAAUUAAUUAGUUCUAUGUACAAUGCUUAAUUUGCAUCAAACAUCUUCGGAAAACUAUUAAUUUGUGUGUUUGCUAUAUAUCAUCUAAUAAACAAUUCGGUUUUUGAAUGUU